AUGUUCCGGGAUGCUCCCAGCCUCAAGGAGGUAUUCACGAGCAAAGAGACACCAGCGGGGGAAGGCAGAUAUGGUCUGUUCUCGCCACAUCUCAAGAAGGAGCGGAAACAGUGGUUCAAGAUGGUUUUCAUGAUCCUCGGCCUCGUCUCGGUCUUCAUGUUCCUCUACCUAUCCAUCUACUUCGGGUCCUACUACUCCCAGGUCUAUCGGGCAGACCACUUCUCGGUUGAGCUUCUUGACCUCGAUUCUGCCGCGUCUCCAUACGGCUCCGUCGCCCAUCCUGCGGUCCUCGGACCGGCAAUACAGUCGGCCGCACUCAACAGCUACUCGACCGAUCCUCAUCUAGGGUGGUACGUCGCCAAUAACGACGUGGUGCGGACGAUGCGGUUGACAUCCGAUGGGCAAGGGCGGGAUCCGCUAUCUUACGCGAUGGAGCGCGUGCAGAAUCAGGAUGUCUGGGCGGUGGUCGUCGUCAAUGCCAAUGCGACUAGCGGUGUCUGGAACGCUCUGACCUCUGGGACACAAUGGACGCCCGGCGGCGCAAUGACCUUCGUCUUUCAAGAAGCACGCAAUUUCUACGGCACAGAGCAAUAUGUCCGCCGCAUAGCCCUGUCCGUCCUCACCUCGGGCGGCAGCACCGCAGCGACCAACCUCGCCAAUCAAGUUCUUGCCCUCGGGAAUGCCACCGCUGUCCUUGCCGCUGCGCCAAGCGGGGCCCUACCGUCGCCGUUCGCGUACAGCCAGUAUGUUCUGGCUCCGUUUGACCAGCUUGCAGGUAUCCCGGCGACUACCGUCGGCACUAUCUACCUCAUCAUUUUCACCUUCCUCAUCUCGGUGCUGUGGAAUCAGCUCGCCCUGCCUACCAUCAAAGACAAACUCACUAUCGGUUCCGAGAUCGCCGUCAAGCUCCUCGUCCCCUUCCUCGGCUACUUCUGGCUCUCACUACACUACUCACUCGUCUCCCUCGCCUUUCUCGUCACCUUCAACCGCGCUCUAGGCAAGGGCGGCUUCGUGGUGUACUGGAUGGCCAACUGGGUCACCAUGUCUGCUCUCGGAUACGUCAUGGAGACCCUCUUUUUGUGGCUCGGGCCAUUAUUCUUCCCGUUCUUCUUGCUGUUCUGGGUCAUUCUGAACGUCUCGGUCGCUUUCCUCGACAUCGCAGACAUGGCUGCGUUCUAUGGAUACGGAUACAUCAUGCCUAUCUGGAACCUCGUUGAGGCAUCCAAGUUCAUCAUCUUCAACACCAAGAACCACCUUGUUCAGAACUUCGCAGUCAAUCUAGGGUGGCUGGUAGUCUGGGCAAUCAUACUCGUCCUCACAGUGGUGUACCAGCGGCGCAAGACGGAGCGGCAAACGAUGCGGGAAGCGUGGACUCAGGCGGGAGGGAAGACAUCGGAUAUGGAUGGAAAGUGA